AUGUCGAGAAGAAGUCCUCGUUUGGAGGAAGCUGGCUAUUACACGGAGGAGGGGACUCCAAUCAUUUCCUACAGGGAGAUCUUGCACAGGAUCUUUCAGAGGAGGAAAGGUCACCGUGGUCAUCACCACAAGUCAAUAGGCCAUGACGGAAACACCAGUAACACCGGUGACACACAAAAUCUGAAUAUUGAGACUCCGGCCAUAGAGACAUGGACCGGAGUCCCCACUCAGGCCAAUCACACUCGGACCGCUGCAGUACAGAUCAUCAGCUGGCUCUGCGUCCUGCUCCUUCUGGCCAUUGGACUCACACAUGGCAUACAGAGUAUGCAACUAAAACAGGACCAGCAGGAGGUGAAAAUACUCAGGCAACAAAUGAUCACGAUGAGCAUGCAACUGAAAGAGGUCCAGCAGGAGGUGGAGAUACUCAGACAACAUGCAAUCAUGUCUGUUCCUCCGGCAUCAAACUUUGCAUUAGAAUCGCAAGGUGCCAGAAUUUUACAUCAUUUAUCUUCGGACACACAUUGGCCUCCAGGACUUGAAACAAUAUGGGAUCAAAUAUACAAAUGGUUGUAUUCAUCCAAAGCGCAGCGAAGAGUUAUCCAGGGACAUGAAUCAUUACUUCCGGGACAAUGCUGGUCCUUUUCAGGCGACCAAGGGCAUUUAUUCAUCGCCCUGUCCCACCCAGUCUCCAUCACUAGCGUGACACUCGGCCACAUCACAAAGAGCCAGUCUCCGUAUGGACACGUCGCCAGUGCACCGAGGCAGUUUUCAACCUAUGGAAUGAGGACCACUGACGAGGAAGGAACCUAUUUGGGAACACUGGUUUAUGACGAAGACGGCGCAGCAUUUCAGACCUUUAAACUGCCUAAUCCAGACAAAGGAGUCUUCCGAUGCGUGAAGCUACAGAUUGACAGCAACUGGGGAAACAUAGACUACACCUGCCUGUACAGCUUCAGGGUUCACGGUAAGAUUGUUGAAGCUGAAGGUAAAUCAACCGCAAACACCUGA